UUCAGUUUGUGAUGACAUCUAACGGUUUGAAUACAUUUUAUACACAUUUAUAACGCAAUCAUUCAUUGCUUCAAAUAAUACAAACUCAUUGUCACCCGAAAUGUCUUCAGUGGUCACUAUAUGUCCCAAAUUGGUGUCCAAUUGUGGCAAUCAGUUGGUGUCCGUAGAUCUCAAUACACCGGUCAAGUCGUUGUCUGAAUUGGUGUCAAAACAAUUGCAGUUAAAUGAAGACAAAUUUGACCUCAUGUGUUUCGGACGAAUACUAUCACCGGAUGAACGGCUCGACUCUUAUGGCAUAACAAACGGCACAACAGUUUUUGUGUUAAACAAAACCGAUUUCAGCGCUUUUGCUGACAAAUCAGACACCGAAGCGAUGGACACGAGACCGACGGUCAGCGCAGCCGAUGUCCAGCAUAUGGUCAUCGCUUUGAGGACCGCUUUGAUA